CCAGGCUUCUAGACUCUGUGCUGCCGCAGCUCAGAGCAUUGCUCGUCACCAUAGGAGCGGGGAGUAAUGAGAGCAUGUCUGCUUUCAGAUUCUGGUCAGGACUGCUGAUGCUGCUGGGCUUCCUCUGCCCUACAAGUUCACCAUGUGGCAUUUCAACACACAUAGAAAUAGGGCACAGAGCUCUGGAGUUUCUCCACCUUCAGGAUGGGAGUAUUAAUUACAAAGAGCUAUUACUUAGGCACCGGGAUGCAUAUCAGGCUGGAUCCGUGUUUCCUGACUCAUUUUACCCUAGCAUCUGUGAGAGAGGACAAUUCCAUGACGUGUCAGAGAGCACUCACUGGACUCCAUUUCUUAAUGCAAGCAUUCAUUAUAUCCGGAAGAACCAUCCUCUUCCCUGGGAUGAGGACACAGAGAAAUUGAUAGCUUUCUUGUUUGGAAUUACAUCUCACAUGGUGGCUGAUGUCAACUGGCAUAGCCUGGGUAUUGAACAAGGAUUCCUCAGGACGAUGGCUGCCAUUGAUUUUCACAAUUCCUAUUCCGAGGCACAUCCGGCUGGUGAUUUCGGAGGAGACGUGUUGAGCCAGUUCGAGUUUAAAUUUAAUUACCUCUCACGGCACUGGACUCACAGUCUAAAUUAUUGCUUAUGUUGCAGGUAUGCGGAGAUGUUAGCUAUUUCCAAGCUUUAUCCCACUUAUUCUGGAAAAUCCCCAUUUUUGGUGGAACAAUUUCAAGAAUACUUCCUAGGAGGGCUGGAUGAUAUGGUGUUUUGGUCCACUAAUAUUUACCGUCUGACAAGUUACAUGUUAAAGAACGGGACCAGUAACUGCGACCUCCCUGAGAACCCUCUGUUCAUCACAUGUGGCGGUCAACAAAACCACACCCAGGGCUCAAAAAUACAGAAGAAUGGUUUUCAUAAAAAUGUGACUGCAGCCCUAACUAAAAAUAUUGGAAAGCAUAUAAACUAUACCAAAAGAGGAGUGUUCUUUAGUGUGGAUUUCUGGACCAUGGAUUCCUUAUCCUUCAUGUACAAGUCUUUGGAGAAGAGCAUACGUGAGAUGUUUAUUGGCAGCUCUCAGCCACUGACACAUGUUUCUAGCCCCUCGGCAUCUUACUACUUGUCAUUUCCCUACACAAGGCUUGGUUGGGCGAUGAUUUCGGCCGAUCUCAACCAGGAUGGAUACGGUGACCUGGUGGUGGGCGCCCCUGGCUACAGCCACCCAGGCCGCACUCACGUGGGCCGUGUGUACCUCAUCUAUGGCAAUGANAUUCCUCUGGGUCUUCAGCCCUCAGGUCGCUUUGGCUCGGCUGUAGCUGUGCUGGACUUUAACGUGGACGGCGUGCCUGACCUGGCGGUGGGAGCCCCCUCGGUGGGCUCCGAGAAGCUCACAUACACAGGUGCAGUGUACAUCUACUUUGGUUCCAAACAAGGGCAACUGUCUUCUUCCCCCAACAUCACCAUCUCUUGCCAGGAUACCUACUGUAACUUGGGCUGGACCCUCCUGGCAGCGGAUAUGAAUGGAGACAGUGAACCGGACCUGGUGAUUGGCUCCCCUUUUGCUCCAGGUGGAGGGAAACAGAAGGGAAUUGUGGCUGCAUUUUACUCUGGCUCCAGUUACAGUGACAGAGAGAAGCUGAACGUGGAGGCUGCCAACUGGCUGGUGAGGGGAGAGGAGGACUUUGCUUGGCUGGGGUACUCCCUUCACGGUGUCGGUGUCAACAACAGGACUUUGCUCCUGGCUGGAAGCCCGACCUGGAAGAACACCAGUAGUCAGGGCCACUUGUUCCGCACUCGCGAAGAGAAACAGAGCCCUGGACGGGUGUAUGGCUAUUUCCCGCCGAACUGUCAAAGCUGGCUUAGCAUUUCCGGAGACAAGGCGAUGGGGAAACUGGGUACCUCCCUGUCUAGUGGCCACGUGAUGGUGAACGGGACCCGGACCCAAGUGCUGCUGGUGGGGGCCCCGACACAAGAUGUCGUGUCUAAGGUAUCAUUCCUGACCAUGACCCUGCACCAAGGUGGGAGCACUCGGAUGUAUGAACUGACCCCUGACUCGCAGCCUUCUCUGCUCAGCACCUUCAGUGGAAACCGCCGCUUCUCCCGAUUUGGUGGCGUUCUGCACUUGAGUGACUUGGAUGAUGAUGGCUUAGAUGAAAUCAUCAUAGCAGCCCCGCUGAGGAUCACAGAUGCAACUGCGGGACUGAUGGGGGGAGAGGAUGGCCGUGUUUAUGUGUAUAAUGGCAAACAGAUCACCGUGGGUGACAUGACAGGCAAAUGCAAAUCAUGGGUGACUCCAUGUCCAGAAGAAAAGGCCCAGUAUGUACUAAUUUCUCCUGAAGCAGGCUCAAGGUUUGGGAGCUCUGUGAUCACUGUGAGGUCAAAGAAAAAGAAUCAACUUGUCAUUGCUGCUGGAAGGAGUUCUCUGGGAGCCCGACUCUCUGGGGUGCUUCAUAUCUAUAGCCUCGGCCAAGAUUAAAGGUUUCACUCCAUUUUCCUCACCUGUCCCCCUCCCUCGUGCCGAGUCAUCUUCUGGGUGAGCGUUCUGGGGGACAAAGUGGCGUAUCCAGGGGAGCCUUGGUAGACCUUACGACAGGUGGGGCUCGAGACACACACACACAGACUGGCUGCCAACAGGACACAGUAAGUGGUGACAACACCGAAGUAUGUGAAACAGUGGAUGCGCUCGUUAUUCACGUCCCUUUGCAAAGCUUGUUUCCUGUGCCCCUGAACUUAACUCCUAACUGGCUUUCUGUGCUCAGACCUGCUGCACAACCCACUUCCUCGUCCACUUGAGCACCUGUGUCUUUCUGAUGCCUGAAAAGGCCUGUCGCUAGUUAUCGUAGGAAAAGCUCUGUAGCACAAUUCUUGCUAAAAACGUCCUCUAAAAACUGGUGACCCAUUCCAAUCAAAGUGAAACAGAAAGCACAGUACACAGGAGAAAAAGCAUGAGGUAACGAGGAGAAAAGUACGGGGGGAGAGGCCUAAUCUCACAACUCCAAAAUCACGUUGUAAAUGAUGUGGUCCUUUCUCACGAGGACUGUUGUAUUUUCAGUGUUUCACAUAGUGAAGGGCAAAUAUAAAAAGUAAGUAUCA